AUGAAUUUGUUCAUAUUUAUCUGGGCUCUGGCGCUGGCCCUUACAGCGCAAGCUCAGCUCAACAUAUGGACUGCCAAGCAUGGUAUGACAUCUGACCAGUACGAGACCGCAUCCAAAGAUCUCGUCUCGCAAGGUUAUCGGCUCAAUUACAUCAGUGGUUACACUAUCAACAAUACUGCUAGCUAUGCAGCGAUCUGGGAAAAGAAAGCCUCUACUGCAUGGGUUGCCAAUCAUUCCAUGACCUCAGCCCAAUAUCAAGAGAGGUAUAAUACAUAUACCUCCCAAGGAUAUCGACCUGUGCUCGUCAACGGAUAUACCGUCAAUGGCAUCGACUAUUACGCCGCCAUUUUUGAUAAAUCUUCGUCCGGCCCUUGGAUUGAGGGACAUGGCAUGACAGACUCAGUCUAUCAGACCAAUAUCGAUUCCUAUGCUAAGAAAGGCUACCGUGUAAUACAUGUUAGCGGCUAUUGUGUCGGAAACGAAGUAAGAUAUGCGGCAAUAUGGCUGAAGACAGAGAACGCAUGCUGCUCAGUUACGUACCAUGGGAUGACUUCCGCAGAUUACGGGGAGGAAUUUGACCGCUUAAAUAAGUCUGGUUAUAGACUCACGCUUGUCAAUGGCUACCAAGUGGACGGUAUCGACUACUAUGCUGCUAUAUGGGAACGCAAGACCGGUCCUGUUCCCUAUGCGAAACAUGGCAUGACCUCAGCGCAGUAUCAAGACGAGCUUGAUAAUAGCUACUACCAAGGAUAUAUGCUGAAAGUCAUAAGUGGAUAUGAUCAAGGUCAGAGCGAUCGUUACGCAGCCAUCUGGGAGAAUGGGCCCAUAAGCUCCACAGCUCUAGCAACCAUCGACAAUGACAUCAACGCCUACAUCAAGAAAUAUGAUAUUCCCGGCUUCUCCCUCGCUAUUACCAAAGACGACCGGCUUGUCAUCGCAAAAGGAUAUGGCCUCGCUGAUAAUGCCACCAAUGUGAUUGUUACGCCCAACUCCCUAUUCCGCAUCAUGAGCAUCUCCAAAUCCCUCACUACAACGGCGAUCAUGAAACUCAUCCAAGACGGCCACUUCAGCAUAACCGAUAAAGUCUUUGGCUUGGACUCCGUCCUCGGCACCAAAUACGGCAGCACUAUCGUCAAUGGAGCAAAGCAAUACAAACCUAACGUAACGUCAAUCACAGUCCAGCAACUCCUUGAGCACCAAAGUGGCUUUGGCGCCAAUGCCGACCCAGAGGUACUGCUACAGACCAAAACACCAGCUGAAGCUGUUACUGCGAUUCUUGACACCAUCCCAUUACUCAACCCACCCAAUACCGCCGCCGUCUACAGUAAUUUUGGCUAUCUAGUACUAGGACGCAUCAUCGCCGAUGUCUCCGGCCAGGAAUAUGAGACUUACGUCAAGAACAAUAUCCUUACUCCCAGCGGGGUAACCCGUAUGCAGCUGGCCGACAACUCUGGGCCCAUUGCAAAUGAGGUGACAUACUACCCACUCGGCGCCAGCUCUGCGUUCCGCGUCCGCGAAUUCGACUCCUUCGGUGGCUGGGUCGGCACUCCCAUCGAUCUGUGCAAAUUCUCUACCCGGGUUGACCAGCUUCCUGGUCGGCCGGAUACGAUUUUGAAUCCGGCCAGUGAGAAAAAGAUGUUUGAGCCUAGCUCUCUCGACCCAGGAUAUGCGAAGGGCUGGAUUGUAAACAUGCCAGGUAGAGGACAUAAUGGGGCGUUCAUUGGCACGGGAAGUUUCUUUAUGCAGAGGACUGACGGCAUGGGCUUUGCCCUCAUAAUGAAUACUAAUGCAGUCGGGGAUGAGUAUUCGGGUGUGAUCAGGGGGAUAGUUGAUAAGGCCAUUAGUAAGGUUAAGGCUUGGCCAGAGUGGGAUCUGUUUUAA